AUUUAUCUCAUUCAUUUUAGUAUUUCAUCUGUUGAUUCUAACUGUUCACGAUGUCCUCAUGAUGUGAAAGAGGGAUGGAAAGAACCAAAGAAUGGAUGGUGUAACGAUGAAAAAAUUCUUGCUAGAAGAACGAAAGAAAUUCGAAGAGCAAAAGAAAAACCAAUAUACAUUCGUUACAUAACUGAAGUGCCAAAAGUUUCAAGAGUAAAAGGUAUACAUCCUCGAACUCCAAAUAAAUUUUUAAACUUUUCUCGUCGAUCUUGGGAUGCGCAGGUUAAUUUUGAAUUAUUUUGCAUUAAUUUAAUAGUGGAUUUUCGUGAAAACCCAGAUGCGAUGGCUUCUCUUUUGGGGCACUUUGAUAUUGAUAAGGAGGAUGAAUCAACAUUAAAGGCUAUAGAGAACUCUUGUGAAGGUCCAAAAGAUUUUAGUGAAACGCAUUAA